AUGUCUGAUCACGACGAAGAGCAUCGCCUCUGCUGUCCCUUUUGCACCUACAAAGGUUCCCUCUCGCACUGCCUCAAGGCGCACCUCCUCACCAAGCACCUUCAGUUGAAAAUAUUCAGGUGCGAGGAGUGCGGCAGCACCUACACCGCCAAGAGGCACCUGCAAGAGCACAUCAGGUUCCACCAUAAGAAAAUGGACCCGUACUCUUGCAUAGUGUGCCGCAGGGUUUUCAUAUUCAAGUCCAGCCUGGACAAGCAUCAGAUCAACAGCCAUCGGCCACUGAUCGACGGCGACGUACCCUCGAAUUAUUGCAUCAUCUGCAAAAGGGUCUUGUCCACGGUGGAGGCGCUCCAGAGGCACAUCCAGGAGAAGCAUUCGGGAAGCAAACCGGUCAAACUGACCGACCGAUUCGUGUGCGACAUCUGCGGCAAAGACUUCUCGCAUAGGCAGUCUUGGUUGUUGCACACCAAAGGUCACAGCGGAUUGAAGCCUUACAGCUGCAAGAUGUGCUCUAAGUCCUUUAGGGUGAGAGCCUUUUUGACUCAGCACGAGCGAUCGCACUCCAAUGACCGUCCAUUUUCUUGUGAGAAGUGCGGCAAUCGCUUUAAGAGGAAAGAGGCUUUGAGGAGGCAUUUGGCCACUCACACAGAUGUCAAGCCCUUCGUUUGUCCCAACUGUGAUAAAACCUUUAGGAGGAGGGAGCACCUCAAGCUCCACCUGAACAGCUGCAACAGGAAUAUGGAGGCGAUCAGAGGUGCUAUGGGAGAUUAG